AUGCCUGAAUCAUUCCGGUGGAUUAACCAACCACGACGUCUUAGUCGCACAUCGAGUCGCAGUGGUGCAAAUCAACAUUACAAACAUGCCGGUCAAUCGGAGAAAUUUCGUGUGCAAUUGAACGUGGCUGGCUUCGAUCCAACAUCGAUCAAAACACAUGUUGAAGAUCGAAAAGUAAUUGUAGAAGCUAAACAAGAAGAUCGAGAGUCUGAUGGGGACUUCCACAUUCAAGAACUGCGCAAAACCUACGAGUUACCCGAACAUGCUGGUAUGUAG